AUAGAAACCUCUUUUAGCCUGUUUACACUCAAAUCCGUCACUACUUAUACUCAAAUCUUGACAUCACAUUGAAGAAGAAGAAAACCAAAAACGUCCCAACAAUCAGAAUCAAACAACUAGAAUCUUAGAGUGAGGAACUGCUUCAGCUAGAAAUAGCUAAAGCCAAUUCUAUCUCAAUCUUACUUCCAUUCAGCAGAUUCAGUUGAAUUCUGGAUCAUGGCUAAUCAGGCUGUCGGUUUCGCUUACCAUCCGUCAUCCCCAUCUGUACCAGACUGGCUUAACAAAGGUGAUAACGCAUGGCAAAUGACAGCAUCAACCUUGGUUGCACUACAGAGCAUGCCUGGAUUAGUGAUUCUGUAUGGUAGUAUUGUAAAGAAGAAAUGGGCAGUAAAUUCAGCUUUCAUGGCACUUUACGCCUUUGCUGCUGUGUUGAUUUGUUGGGUUUUACUCUGUUAUCGAAUGGCGUUUGGUGAUGAGCUUCUUCCUUUCUGGGGAAAAGGUGCACCGGCUCUAGGGCAAAAAUAUCUUUUGGGCCGAGCUAAUGUUCCUGCAAGCACUCAUCGUCAUAAGGAUGGAUCAGUAGAAACUGGAAGGAACGAACCAUUUUAUCCCAUGGCUACUUUAGUGUACUUCCAGUUCACUUUUGCAGCUAUUACUAUGAUAUUAUUAGCUGGUUCUGUUCUCGGUCGUAUGAAUAUCAAGGCUUGGAUGGCUUUUGUUCCGCUUUGGCUAAUCUUUUCUUACACUGUCGGCGCGUUUAGUCUUUGGGGUGGUGGAUUUCUUUACCAAUGGGGUGUCAUUGAUUACUCAGGCGGUUAUGUUAUCCAUGUCUCUUCUGGAAUUGCUGGUCUUACUGCCGCUUACUGGGUUGGACCAAGGGUGAGAGGCGAUCGAGAGCGAUUUUCACCAAACAAUGUUUUGUUAAUGUUAGCCGGAGCAGGAUUAUUGUGGAUGGGUUGGUCUGGUUUCAAUGGAGGUGCACCUUACGCUGCAAAUACUAGUGCUCCGAUUGCUAUUUUGAACACGAAUAUAUGUGCGGCGACAAGUCUUCUUGUUUGGACAAUUCUAGAUGUCAUCUACUUUGAGAAACCUUCUGUGAUUGGAGCUAUUCAGGGUAUGAUGACCGGUCUUGUUUGCAUUACUCCCGGAGCAGGGUUGGUUCAAUCGUGGGCUGCGAUAGUGAUGGGAAUACUUGCAGGUAGCAUACCUUGGUUUACCAUGAUGAUACUUCACAAGAAAUCUACUUUGCUACAAAAGGUUGAUGACACAUUGGGUGUGUUUCACACACACGCGGUAGCCGGACUAUUAGGUGGGGCACUUACUGGGUUGUUCGCCGAGCCGGUUCUGUGCGAUCUACUCUUACCUGUUAAGGGUUCGAGGGGUGCGUUCUACGGCGGAACCGGUGGGAUGCAAUUCUUAAAGCAAUUGGUUGGAGCCUUAUUCGUGAUAGUAUGGAAUUUGCUAUCAACUUCAAUUAUACUGCUUCUCAUAAGGCUGGUGAUACCAUUGAGAAUGCCUGAUAAUCAGCUUAUGAUUGGAGAUGAUGCGGUUCAUGGUGAAGAAGCUUAUGCACUUUGGGGUGACGGUGAGAAAUAUGAUCCAGCUAAACAUGGUUCAUUGUUUACCGAGCAAAUUAGGCCUAAUCAACAUCAUGCUAAUAAUGGUGCUAUUGGUGUUACUGUUCAAUUAUAAGCUUCCAUUUUAAUUUUUUUUAGGGUAUGUGUUGAUUCUGUAUGGUAGUGCAGGCAUGGAAGAGACUAGUGUAGAUAUGUUUUAGUUGUUGUAAGUAUGAUUGUGGGACUGAGUCAUGACAUGUUAGGAAUUCAAGCUUAUGGUCUGGAUGGCUGAUGGUUAAUACAAUCAAUAAAUGAAUGGAAUUCAUGCUUCAAUUUAUUUCA